AUGUCGAAUUGGAUAUCAUGUUACUACCCUUCAACGAAUUCAUGGAAUACUUAUGUCACAUCGAUUCCAGGUCUUUUGGAGAAUCAUGUCCUCAAGAAUUUCGCGAUGAUGGUUAUUGGUGAGGAAAUUUUUGUAAUUGGAGGACGACAAUGUUACAAGGAUGUAAUUGGUAGUUCGGAAACUAAUAACGUUCACGAAAUUGAUAUAGAAAUUCUUCCUUCGGUCCUUAAGUACAAUGUUGGUAAAGAUUGUUGGACUAAAUGUGCACCUUUAGAAACUCCAAGGUUUAAUUUUGCAUGUAUGACUUCUAAAGAGGGCAAAAUCUAUGUAGCUGGUGGACAAACAACAUUUGAUGGUGCUAAGGGUACCUCUUUGGCUGAGGUUUAUGAUCCUAUCCAAGAUGAAUGGAAACAACUACCUAACAUGAGCACCACGAGGUACAAGUGUGUUGGUGUGUCAUGGCAAGAGAAAUUUUAUGUGGUUGGGGGAUUUGCCAGAAGAGAAAACACUGACACUCAUCAAGGACCCUAUAUUAUGGAAAGAAGUUCUGCUGAGGUGUACGAUCCAGAACGCGACACAUGGGAUUACAUGGCGAGGAUGUGGGACCUAGAUGUGCCACCUAAUCAAAUAGUGAAUAUUGAUGGGAAGCUUUAUAGCUCAGGUGAUUGCUUAAACACAUGGAAGGGACAUAUUGAGUCCUAUGAUGGGAAACACAAUUUAUGGUACAUAGUGGAUGAUUCAAGUUCACCAAUUUCUAUAUUAGAUGACACACAAAAUAAUUGGCCAAAUUUGGAAAGAAUGUUUUGCACUAUGUCUCCUAUAGGAACAAAGUUGUAUUUUUUGGCUGGUUAUAGGAAUAUGUUGGGUGAUAAUUAUAUAUCAAGAACAAGAAGUGAAGUACAUGUUUUUGAAACAACCACAAAUGGGAAUGGAUGGAGAAGUUUAAUUGAACCAUUAGAGGAACAAGGGGGAAAAGAGCUUUGUAGCCAUUCUUGUUUUAUGAAAUUGGAUACUUGA